AUGAGCGCCAGAAUUUUUGCCGCCUUCUUCUUGGUCUCGACCACAAGCCUCCUGCCGUCGAAUCUCUUCCAAAAUGCGCACGAAUACUUUUAUUAUAAGCUGCGCAACGUCACGACAGGAAAUCUCACGGAAUGGGAUGAUGGAGAAGAAGCGGAACAAACCCACCUCCAGCACGUUUUCGAAGGAUAUGUGGCUUUCUGCGGUGGUGUGCUGAACAUUGUAGGAACUUUUAUAAACGUCCUGGCGACGAACAGCGUCUCAAAUUAUACACGAGUAAUCACGGGGCAUAUCAUAUGCCUGGCCGCGUUUGUACCAACGCUAUUCCUGGCGUUCACCAACACUGAUCUCUGGCAAAUUCCGUUCUUUUGGUUGUCGAUGGGUCUCGCUGGUGUCGCGUCUUUCGGAUCGAUUGGCUUGAUAGGUGGCGGUAUUACCGGACUUGCCGUGACGUUCCCGGAGAUUUACAUGAAAGCCGUAAUGUUGGGACAGGCCGCUGCAGGCGUAUUUUCGGCCGGGCUGUCGCUUGCGUGCCAGGCAUUUGCCAGCGAUGAUCUUGUCAACGGCAAGGUUUACUUUUCGAUUGCCAUCGUAUGGUCAGCCCUCAGUGUGCUGGCAUAUAUGUUCUUGAUAAAAUCAAGGCUUGCAAAGGAGAUUCAAGCCAGGCUUACGGGGGAGGAUGAAGAGUCUUUGAUUGACGAGGACGUCGAUGCAGAAGAACAGAUGAUCACUUCCAUUACGCCAAUGGAAAGCAUUGGGAUCGCCGACGCAUGGCGUGACGUUUUUGACCACGUUGGAAAUGAGCUGAUCACUACAGCUUUGGUGGUUGGUGUCACACUUUCGGCAUUCCCGGCCGUCGCCUCACAAGUCGCCACCGAAUCUCACAAUGAGAAAUGGCAACGAUAUUUCGCGGCUGUUUAUUGUUUCCUCGUGUUCAACCUGGGCGACGCGCUGGGCCGAGUAAUCGGUAGUGUGGUGUCGAUGGGCCGUAACACAAUGUUGUGGCUGUCGGUAUCCCGGCUGUUAUUCCCCUUAUUGCUCGCGCUAUGCAACGUUCAUCCGAGGCUUCAUCCGGCUCUGACGAUAUUCCCAUCAGAUGGGAUGUUCCUUAUGAUAAUGGUGGUGUUCGGGGUAUCAAACGGGACUUUACUAACUGUCGCGGGCGUCGGUUUGAAUCGUUAUGUCCCCCCAGAGCUGCAGGAAGUCUCUGGAAGCAUGCUAGCCCUAAUGGGCGCCACUUCAGCACUUAUUGGCUCAUUGAUUGGCUGCGUGCUCAUUGGAAUUGUU